AAUAUGGCGGUGGUGUUUGUGAGAACUAUAAACUUUCAAGAAGUGAAAAAGAAAGUUUAAAAUAAAAUGAGCAGUGGAAGCGAUUGGGUCAAUCUCUUUGUCCACCAAGGCAAGGAGUUUAUCGAUAGCGUUUCAGGGCAGAAGAAAAAGGAAGGUUUGACUAAUGAGACAAAAAGAGAAGAUCAAAGCAACCCUGCAAAUGCAGGAAUUUUGUACACGAACAAUUCCGUAAACGGUUCGGUUAGUUUAGUGGAGGAAAAUGAUGGUGGUAGUGAUGUAAAGGCGAAGACUGGUAUGUCUUUAGAGGCUGAGGCCAGCACUUCAAGUGUCGAGAAGGUUGCCCUAACUCAGGGAGAAAAAGAGAUCUAUGAAAACCAAUUGGAUCAGUUACAGGAACAACUAGUUGAUAUUAUGAUAAAAAAUCAAGAAAUGGAUGCUGAACUUUCUAUGUUACGUGACAGUGAUGUUUGUAAGUUGACAAAAGAACUGGAAAGAGAAAAGAUUAAACGAAAACAAUUAGAAGUGAAGCUGAAGAAAGUAAAGCAUGAAAGUGACAACACGCCAAAGCUAAGAAGAAGAAGGCAACAUCAUGAGGAAUCAACUAGUGAGAGUCUUAGAUCUGCUGAUGGUGUAAUUGCCACAAGCUCUAAUCAAUAUGAGAUACCAAAAGAUUAUAACAAAAGUCGUGUUUCCCGUUUCAAAUUCUGGGUGUAUUGUCUUUAUGUAUCGCUAACUCAGCGUAUUACAAUAACUUUCUGGAACAUUUUAUCUGAUUUAUCAGACGAGGAAACUCCACAAGAGACAGGUGAUGAAAAUGGUCCACCUCUAGCAGUGAAAACGUUAAAAGAUAACAUUAACAGAUUUUCCAGUGGUAUAAAACCUAUUAAAGAAUUUCUCAAUAAAGUAACUUGGGUUCUGUCCUGGAAAAAUCCUGCAGCCACAAUGUUAAUAUUUUUGGUUUAUGUUUUUUCUUUUUGGCAUGGUUUGUCUGUGUCAUUACUUUUGUUUCUUGUGAUUGUUCAACUCUCUGCAAACUUUGUGUACAGCAGGUUUGGAACAAUUUCUGACACGGAGAAAACCGAGUCUGCUGUUGAUCCACCGAGUUGGAGUGAUAGAUUCCAAGUCGUACUUCAUGUUGCACGAAAAGUUCAGAAUGUCUUGGGUAAUUUGUCGGACUAUUUGGAAAAAGUAAAAAAUUUAAUAACGUGGAAAGUUCCCCAUGUGACCUUCAAGCUUUACAUUGUUUUAUGGUUGUUGUUCCUUUCAUCAAUUUUCUUAACUGGACCACACUUCUAUAUGUUGCUGGGCAUGGUGCUUGGAUAUAAGUUGUUUAUUUUGGGGCCUCUUUACAACAGAUUUCCAAAGCUCAAGAAAAGACAUGAUGCAACACAUCGCUUGUGGCUUGAAUUACCAACUGAUUGCGAAGUCGCUGUUGCGGAAAAACAAACUGGUGCGAUUGACGAGCGUCAAGACUCCAGCAUUCAUAGAUCAGGUGUAUCCCCGGUGUCAGAGACCUCUGCAAUGAACUCAUUAUCGUUUUGCCAACGAUAUGAUAUAUCAAGUGACGAAGUUCUCGUUAAAGGUUGGGAAGAAGGAUGGAGAGCCAGUUUAAUGAACAAGAACAGACCAUUAGUUGAUCUUAAACAUGGAAGACUUUAUCUUACACAAAAUUAUCUUUGUUUUGAACGUUCGCGGACAAAUUUGGCCAAGAAUAUUUUGAUGAAAUUGAGCGAUAUAAGAUGUGUGAAUAAGUUCAAGCCAAUUUAUUUCCUCCCUGGUACAGGAAUGUCAAUUGAAGUUUGCAUGAAAGAUAAAGAUGAGCCUUACAUUUUCGCCGCAAUGGUUGGUCGUGACGAUGCAUAUAAUGAUAUAAUGCAGAUGGCGAGAAAUACCGAAUUGUCCUGGGCCAAGUGAAAUAUUAUCCACGAGAUUGUAUCCUUGGAAUAAUUAGCAGCGUUCUCUAUACAUAACAGGAGUGGACUUAUGUGGCCUGAAAUAACCAAACCUUUUUUUCUUGGGGGGGAUAAGGAAUGACAUCUUUGUAUCCAUGGGGGGAGGUGGCUGUGGACAACCUCCUUCCCAGGGCAUUUCCCUUUUUGACAAAAAGAGAAAUGCCCCAGGGAACGAAGUUGGGGCUGUGGGGUGGAGGUGGCGGCACAAGAACCAGCUACCUGCUAUGUGGUGGAUAUUACCCCCCCAAAAAGCCCUCCCCGCCUUUUUAAAACAAUGCUGCCUCAUUUGCUUGACUUGGCCAUACCAUUCUUUGACCAUACGUUAGAAAGUUGUACUCCAGGUAUGCAUAGAGGUCACUGGACUGGCUGUAAUUAGCACUAAAGACUAAUAAAGGAUUAUAUUAGGAUUAGGUUAAUUAAUAUCUCAUUUUAGCAUAAGUGUUUUUUAGAAUAAUUCCAUAUCAAUAUACCAUAUAAUACCCUGGAACGAGGGUAAUAAGAUACAUUUGAUAUAUAGCGUAGUUUUAU